CACUCAUCACCGUGAGCAAGGCACAGAGUGAAAAAAAAACAAAACAAACGUUUUGCUCCUAGAAACAACGGCGGGGUUGGUACACGACCACGGAGUCCCGUCGAAUCAGAACAGUGUCUCUGUCGGUGCAGUGCGAGAUGGCUAUAAUCGUGAGAAGACAACUGCCCGCCCGUCUUGCAGACCUGACCCUAUCCUCUCGCUCUGGACCCGCCCGAUGGUAGCGGGCAUUGGCGGCGCCCUCUCCCGCGACCCAGUUCCCACGCCAGCGCGUACGGACAGCCCCUCUCUGUUCCAACGCAAAGGCGACAUACCAACCAGGGGAAAAGGGGCAGCAGCAGUAGUAGGUUGGAUGCGGGUUGUGUGUGCGGUGCUGUGCCUUGGCCUUGUCGGGGCGCUGCAGCGUGAGCAGGUAGCUCAGCAUGCCAUCAAGCUGCAUCGGGGCAGGGGUGCUGUGGCCAAGCACGCUUGGAGCUGGGUGUCUGAUAACUGCCGGCGCCUGGGCAGCCUCAUCCGACAGAAGAACACGGCCAUUAAGAAGCUAGCUGUGGCUGCAGCCGCUGUGGGGCGAGACCACUCCCUCUCAGACCCAGAGAGACUCUUCCAGGUUCACACUCUGGAGGUGUUCCAGAAGGAGCUGAAUGAGAGCGAACGCUCAGUCUUCCAGGCGGUGGUGGGCCUGCAGAGGGCGCUGCAGGGAGACUACAGGGACGUGGUCAACAUGAAGGAGAGCAGCCGUCAGAGACUGGAGGCCCUCAGAGAAGCAGCCAUUAAGGAGGAGCAGGAGUAUGUAGAGCUGGUAGCAGCAGAGAAGCACCAGGUGGAGGCUGUGAAGAGUGCCCUGGCCCAGAACAAGACCCUGUCCAUGCUGGAUGAGAUCCUCGAGGACGUCAGGAGAGCUGCUGACCGCCUGGAGGAGGAGAUAGAGGACCACGCCUUCGACAACAAUAAACAGAUGAAUGGGGUGCACGUAGCCAACGUGGAGGCGGUGCUGAGAGUGGAGGAGGAGGAGGAAGACGGAGGGAAGAGAAGAAGGAACGCGUCAAGGAGAGGUGGAGAGGUGGAAGACGACGUGGGGCUGAGCAUGCUCAUCGACUCCCAGAACAACCAGUAUGUUCUGACCAAGCCCAGAGACUCCACCAUGCCCCGCUCCGAUCAACACUUCAUCAAGGACCUGGUCUCCGUAGUGAUGCUGUCUCUGCCGUGUGGUUGGCUGUGCACUAUGAUGGGCCUGCCCCCCAUGUUUGGUUACAUCGUCUGUGGAGUCCUCCUGGGUCCCUCUGGACUCAACAGCAUCAAGUCUAUGGUGCAGGUAGAGACGCUGGGAGAGUUGGGAGUGUUCUUCACUCUCUUCGUGGUCGGUCUCGAGUUCUCCCCAGAGCGACUUCGGAAGGUGUGGAAAAUCUCUGUGCAGGGUUCAUGCUACCUCAGUCUGUUGAUGGUGGCUACAGGGCUGCUGUGGGGUCAGGUGCUGCAUAUCCGUCCCACCCAGACCGUCUUCAUCUCCUCCUGUCUCUCUCUAUCCUCCACGCCGCUGGUCUCACGCUUCCUGGCUGGGGGCGCCCGCGCAGACAAGGACGGGGAGCUGGACUACAGCAGUGUUCUCCUGGGGAUGUUGGUAAUGCAGGAUGUUCAGCUGGGUCUGUUCAUAGCCGUCAUGCCCACCCUCAUACAGGUGUCAUCUGGCCACCUGGACAGUGUCCUGUUUGGAGGUCUGCACGUCCUCCUGCUCCUGUCCCAGGUCCUGUUCUCUCUGGCUAUGGUACUACUGCUGUGUGUUCUCCUCAAAUCCUUCCUGAUUGGUCCAUACUACAGGAAGCUCCAUGCUGAGUCUAAAGGCAACAAGGAGAUCCUGGUUCUGGGGACCGCUGCCUUCGUAUUCCUCAUGCUCACCGUGACAGAGUUCCUGGACAUUUCCAUGGAGCUGGGCUGCUUCCUGGCUGGAGCGCUUCUCUCCUCGCAGGGUCACAUUUGCACCACGGAGGUCAUGGGCUGCAUCGAGCCAAUCAGAGACUUCCUCGCCAUCAUCUUCUUCGCCUCCAUUGGUUUCCAUGUCUUUCCUACCUUUGUCCUGUACGAACUGACAGUCCUGGUGGUGCUGACUCUCUCACUGGUCAUCAUGAAGUUCCUGAUGGCGGUGCUGGUGCUGUCGGCCAUCUUGCCCAGGGGUUCUCGCCACAUCCGUUGGAUCGUGUCUGCUGGCCUGGCGCAGGUCAGCGAGUUCUCCUUCGUCUUGGGGAGCCGCGCCCGCCGAGCUGGCAUCAUCUCCAGAGAGGUGUACCUGCUGGUUCUCAGUGUCACCACUCUGAGUCUUCUGCUGGCUCCGGUGUUGUGGAGAGCCGCCACACACAAGUGGGUCCCUCGAGCCGAACGCAAGACGCUCGCCCGCCCGCCCCCGCUGCUGCCACACCCAGCAGACUGAAGCCCAUAGGGGCCCUGUAAAAGGGCCGAAGGGUCAAAGGUCAUUCUCCCUCUUUCCAUGGAGAAAAUCGUAAUGACCCAUUAUCUUUGGGUCAUUGGUUGCAUCCAAAAUGGCACCCUGUUCCCUACAUAGUGCACUACUUUAGAUCAGGGCUCUAUGUAGGGAAUAGGGCUCUGGUCUAAAGGAAGUGCACUAUAUAUAACGAAUAGGGUGCCAUUUGAGAUGCGAUCAUUGUAGAACGGUUUUACAUGUCCUCGUUGUUGUCUUGACUGUCAUUCCUCCUAUAGUAGUUAUGGAGGAAUCCCUGAUGAGACCCUUUUGGUUUGUGACGUCACAAUGAUGGUGAUGACAUAUUCCCUUCCAGGGAAUAUUAUUAGUCUGGGGUUGCAUAUGGAUCAGUUUCAUCUGGACCGAACCUGGGAGAAAGACAGGCCAAGGUUUUAACAGUUCAACUUUCCAUUUAGUAUGUUUGAAUGUCCUGCUGAUACUGUAAAGUCUCAGUGUUCUAACCAAACACGGACACAUAGAGACUGUAUGUAUGGGUUGUUUAUGUCAGGGCUUUACAUGUAUGUACGCGUUAUUGCACUCCUAUGGCAUCUAAUGCUGUAAAAGGUUUAUUUUUUCUUAUGUUUCAGUGACUGUUUCCUAUAUGUUUUAUGGUGUACUGUACUGUAGCCCGACUGGAAGAAAAGACAACUAGAAGACUUCCUGCUAAUACAUCAUGCAAGGGAGAAAUAAAGAUAUAGCAUUGUAUUUAUUAGGCCAGUUAUAGUUAGAUUAUGUAUAAAUGUUACAAUGGAAAUAAGGGGGUCAUUCCAAGCACAAUAAAUUCCCAUUUUACAUUAUGUUGUGUUAGGUUGGAGUUUGUUUAAUAUUCAACAAAAUACAAAAGUUGUACAUUAUUUAAUUAAAAAAUGUCGUUAUUUAUUAAAAGAUUGGUUUAUUGGUUAGG